AUGCUUAAACACAGCACGCCUGAGAUGCAGAGAGCUCUGCUCAAAGUAUUCAAUCUCACCCUAAGUUCUGGCUGUUUUCCUGAUGUCUGGAAUCAAGGGGUCAUUACCCCAAUUCAUAAAGGUGGAGACAAAUUGGACCCUAAUAAUUACAGAGGUAUCUGUGUGAGCAGUAAUCUGGGGAAGAGACGUGGAGUGAGACAGGGCUGCAGCCUGAGUCCAACACUCUUCAACAUCUACAUUAAUGAAUUAGCCGUGCAGUUGGAACAAUCUGCAGCCCCUGGACUCACCCUUCAAGACACAAAGGUCAAAUUCCUGCUCUAUGCAGAUGACCUGGUGCUCCUGUCACCCUCUGAACAGGGCCUACAGAAGCACCUGGACCUGCUAGAGAAGUACUGCCAGACCUGGGCCCUGGCAGAUCUCACACUGGACCCAAACACAGCAUACACACACCUCUCUCUGUCUGAGGGGAACAGAAAGGUGACAUGUGUGAGAGACAAACAGUCGUAUCCUGAUCAUCCAGAGAGAUUUGAUGGCUGGUAUCAGGUCAUGUGUAGAGAGAGUCUGACUGGACGCUGUUACUGGGAGACUGAGUGGAGUGGACGUGCUGAUAUAUCAGUGACAUAUAAAGGAAUCAGGAGGAAAGGAGAGAGUUAUGACUGUAGGUUUGGAAACAAUGAAAAGUCCUGGAGUCUGUGGUGCUUUGGUAACAGUUACUCUGCCUGGCACAAUAAUCAGGACACUGUCAUACCUGCCCCCCCCUCACACACACACAGAGUAGGAGUGUAUCUGGACUGGUCGUCUGGAACUGUGUCCUUCUACAAUGUCUCCUCUGACACACACACACUCACACACAUACACACAUUCCGCUCCACAUUCACUGAGCCCCUCUAUGCAGGGUGA